AUGGCGAUAUAUCAUCGCUGCUGGUGUUCGGUGCGUCGAGCCCCCACGGGCCAACAGAUUGUGGCCGAGGCCCUCCGGACUGGGUGGAAAGUUACCAUCUAUGGCCGUCAGAUCCUGCCGAUCCACGCCCAGAACGCUGAGAUUACAGCACUAGAAGGCACGCUACAGGAUGAAGCCCAACUCCAUCGCGCAAUCCAGGGUCAAACUGUCAUCGUCUCCGUGCUGGGCCCGUCCGGAAUGACGAUGAAAGAUACCCCGUUUCCAGACUUCUACCGGCGCGUCUUCCGGCUGAUGCGCGAGUUGCAUGUCUCCCGUAGCCUCGCGCUGAGCACUUUCAGCGUCCCCCAUCCGCGGGAUCGGUUCAGUCUCCCGUGCAGCGUGCUGGUGGGAAUGCUCCGGGUCCUGGGGCGCAGCGCAUGGCGGAAUCUCAUCGAGGUGGCGCGGGCGUUUGACGAGGAUGCUCAAGACUUAGAGUGA